CUGAAAACAUCCAUUGAAGACCUGAACUGCUGGAAAUGCCAUAGAAUUAUUGACUGCUUGAAGGUAAUCUGUUCCACCAUUCAGCCAGUUGAAUUCGAGAACUAUUUUGAUUAUUUAGGAAUGCAUCCUCAUUUCGACGUUGAUAUUUCGUUGUUGAAAAAAAAUUUUCACAGGCUACAAUCAAAUGUCCAUCCAGACAAAUUCUCAAAUUCUUCACAAGUAUGUUCAAAUUCUGUUCAAUACAUCAUUACUCUUACUUUUGUACCUCGUGCCUCAUACAAAAUAAGAGAUAUUUCUGAUCAUACAAAAGGGGAAGAAAAUGCUAAGUCGAAACAUUUUUGA